UUCAACAGGCAAUUAUUUAGUAGAAAAAAAGUAGAAAUAAAUUGUUUUUUGAAAAAAUUAUAUAUAUUUAAUAUAUAUAUAUAUCUUAUAUAUAAAACAAUGAAUUCUUUAAUUUACGGAUCAGUGUUUGUGCUAAUCAUUGGCCAAACUGUCGCAAACUAUCCCUGGCCAAUUAUACCAGGCUAUCCCUGUCCCAAGGAUGAAAUUGAAAAUACCAAGUGUUUGGGUGCAUACGACUGUCUCUAUCCAAACCCGCGAAACUGUAACCGAUUUAUACAGUGCAAUGACGCCGGUCUUGCCUACGAUAUGCCCUGUGCUGCUAAUCUGCACUUUAAUGAGGCUACUCGUCGAUGCGAUUAUCCUGAAAAUGCCAACUGUGUAGUUGUGACGCCAACAACAACUACUACUACAACUACAACGACUCCAAUACCGACCACUGAACCGACAACACCGGAGCCGACAACACCGGAGCCGACAACACCGGAGCCAACCACUCCGCCAACUGAUCCAACGAAAGGCACUGAUGGCCAAUGUUAUUGGGUGUGUCCGUCAACAACUACACCCAAACCACCGCCGCGUCCAUUCCGAUGUCCGCCACGCGAUAUAAUUAACACAAAAUGUUUGGGACCUAAAGACUGUUUGUACACCAAUUGGAGUAACUGUAAUACAUUCAUACAGUGCACUGUCAAUCCUGGAGGCCGUACCGGCACACCAGUAGUCAUGCCGUGUUCUAAAGGUCUCAAAUGGAAUAAUAGAGAUAAGGUAUGCGAUUAUCCUAAUCGGGCCACUUGUCGACACAACUGAGCCCAAUAAGACAAACCAUAUUUUUGUGAUAAUAGGACUUACCGAUAAUUAUAAUAUAUUUUGCAUAUAAAAAAUUAUAAA